GCGAAGCCGAAGAGCCCCUUCUGCCGUAGUUCAUCUCCGACCGCCGACCUGAACACACCAUGAAGUCUCUCGUCGCUCUCUUGGCCUUUGCGGCAGCAGCGGCCGCCCAGAACUGCCCCGAAGAAGGCGUGGCCUACUUCGCCGACAGAGACUUCUGCGACCGCUACUCCCAGUGCCGCGACGGCGUCUACACGGAGGAGCAGUGUCCCGACGGCCUCCUCUUCAACGACCUCGUCACCAACGGCCGUUACCCCUGCGACUACCCCUCUGAGGUCGACUGCGGAUCGCGCUCCAAGAGACAGCCCGCCCAGCCCACGGAAUUCUGCGCUCACCAGUGGGGCUACUUCGGCUCCGGUGACAGGGCCCAGUGCGGCUACUUCUACAACUGCGUGGACGGCCAGGCGCACCAGUUCGCCUGCCCCGACGGCCUCGCCUUCUCCUCGGCCACCUACCGCUGCGAAUGGCCCGACGAGUCCCCCGACUGCGACUCGGCUGCCUUCCUCGGCUUCACCUGCCCCGCCGAGGUCGACCUCCGCCAAGUGCAGCUCUUCGGCCACUCCCGCCUCAGGUCGCCUAGGGACUGCCGCCAGUUCUUCAUCUGCGUCGGCGCUUCGCCCAGACUCAACUACUGCGACCUCGGCCUGGUGUUCAACGAGGCCAUCUCCUCCUGCGACGAACCCGAGAACGUGCAGGGAUGCCAGAACUACUACCCCCCCGAGGAGCUGGCCGCCAUCAGGGACAGGAAGGAGAAGGCACGUCUGGCACAGCUGAAGAGGGAGGAGGAGUUCCAACAGCUGAGGCAGCAACUCGCUCAACGAAGGCAGAACUAAAUGCAAAAAGAAUAAAGAAAGAAAGAUAAAAAAUCAAUGAUAAAUAUGAACAAAGAAUUAUAACUGGCAUGUUGCAAAAAAUGUAUUGAAGUAUGUAUAUAUAUGUAUGUAUUUAUAUAUGUAUAUAUAUGUUAAAAAAUCACGAUAAUUCAUAAGAUUAUCUAUAAAAAAAAUGUUACAUAAAAUCCCAUAACAGAAUCCAAGAACAAAAAUGCCUAAAAACAGAACAAUGAACCACGAAAAUAAAAUCAAAUCUAAAAAAAUAUAAGGUAUAAAACUUGUUAACAUCGCGGUAUGAUUCUCUGUAAGGGAAUCCAAUUCCUUAGCCACGGUAUUAACAUCUUUUAGUGGUCGAGAGGGAGUCCGUGUCACGUGAUUAUUAUUAGUAUUAUCAUCUCUUCCUCUCUCGCUCUUCGAUUCCCAUUUAUCUAUCUCAUUCUUCUCUUAAUUUCGUAAUAAUUCUUAUCAAUUUUUCUACCGUCUCCCCCCUUCUUACUGACACUUUGCACACGACGAAGUUUUCAGCUAAGGCUCAUUUUCUCUCGAUGACGUCACUGCCCUCUACCGGCUUUUUGAAACACUAAGAAAUAGAAACAGCAAUUGUUAACUAUAUAAACACAAUGUAUAGUUACAAAUCUGUCGUAUACCAUUUUUUCUGUAUUCUUAUCUGUCAAUCUAUUUUUCCAAACUAUAUAUGUAUUAUAUAGAUGACGUUUUAAAAAGUAUAAGUACUCUCGACCACUCAAAUCUACAUUAUAUUAUCAUGCUUCAUUUCUGUUGUUCUCAUUCUUUUUUUUUUACAUUUGUUUCGCGUUUUCCUUUGCUUUUCUUCAGCUUGUUCUUAAACCUGUUACUCCAUUUUGAAAACACACAGACAUUAAAGAAAAGAUACAGGUACAUUAUCGUAUUUAAAACACAUUGGGUCACACUGUAUCACUCCGAAUACAAACAGUUAAUUUCCUAAAGAAUAUGCUUUGCGCUCUCACUUUCUGGAAUAUUCGUGUCACUUCAUUCCCCUUUUAUAUCCCAAACAAGUAUUAUCACUCGAAUAUCUUAAUAUAUCACAUCUAAAGCGAAAUUCAUACAAAAAACAGCUGUAAUAACUAGCUUUUUCCAGGGCGAUAAUUCAGGGGACACUUAGGUAAAAACGAAACACAACCUGGUAUGGGGAAUCGACCUUUUAAUCGAACUACACACGAGAUGCUGACAUGGCAUAAAAGAAAACCCUUACAAGUGCCAUAUUGCAACUUGUCUUCCUGUCACAAAUGAUGAUUAUUUUAUUCCUUUGUCUUAAUAUAGGGGUUGGUAAUUGGGCGAUCCGGAGGUCCAAUAUACCACGUGCUUGUACUGUGAAGUGUUAGCCAAAUAAAGGCAUUGAUUUUCAACACGAA